CUGGGAGAAGGCUAAUCGUCGUCAAGCGAGGCGGCCUUGGAGUGGACAGGACCGAGACCGCAAGGCCUGACGGCCUCGACUAUCGGCAGCUGAAGCAAGUCCGGCUGCGGGUAUACCUCCAGUGCUCGUCCUCUCCGGCCCACCCACCGCCAGCGAGGACCGGGAGAGUCGAGUCCGAACUGAGAAAUGCUGGGGCGGGGCUGACGCGAGGGCCGGCUGUAGCUGUUAAGAAUUUAAGCCAAUCAGCCCCCGGCUCCACUUCUCUCGACCAAUAGGAAGUAGGCUAAGGCGCAAAGGCGGAAAGUGUGGCUACAUGAGCAGGCGUCAGAGCCAAUCAGCCUUGAGCCUCGUUCCUGUUGUCCAGCCCGCGGCGAGAGCGGGUAUGUGGGCGGGAGGCCGGAGCAGCUGUCAGGCUAAAGUCCGGCGAGCGACGCGCGGCUGGAGGAAACGCGGCGCCGGGCCGGGCCCUGGAGAUGGUCCCCGGCGCCGCGGGCUGGUGUUGUCUCGUGCUCUGGCUCCCCGCGUGCGUCGCGGCCCACGGCUUCCGUAUCCAUGAUUAUUUGUACUUUCAAGUGCUGAGUCCUGGGGACAUUCGAUACAUCUUCACAGCCACACCUGCCAAGGACUUUGGUGGUAUCUUUCACACAAGGUAUGAGCAGAUUCACCUUGUCCCCGCUGAACCUCCAGAGGCCUGCGGGGAACUCAGCAACGGUUUCUUCAUCCAGGACCAGAUUGCUCUGGUGGAGAGGGGGGGCUGCUCCUUCCUCUCCAAGACUCGGGUGGUCCAGGAGCACGGCGGGCGGGCAGUGAUCAUCUCUGACAACGCGGUUGACAAUGACAGCUUCUACGUGGAGAUGAUCCAGGACAGUACCCAGCGCACAGCUGACAUCCCUGCCCUCUUCCUGCUCGGCCGAGAUGGCUACAUGAUCCGCCGCUCUCUGGAACAACAUGGGCUGCCAUGGGCUAUCAUUUCCAUCCCAGUCAAUGUCACCAGCAUCCCCACCUUUGAGCUGCUGCAACCGCCCUGGACCUUCUGGUAGAAGAGUUUGUCCCACAUUCCAGCCAUAAGUGACUCUGAGCUGGGAAGGGGAAACCCAGGAAUUUUGCUACUUGGAAUUUGGGCAUAGCAUUUGGGGACAAGUGGAGCCAGGUAGAGGAGAAGGGUUUGGGCAUUGCUAGGCUGAAAGGGAAGCCACACCACCGGCCUUCCCUUUCCCAGGGCCCCCAAGGGUAUCUCAUGCUACAAGAAGAGGCAAGAGACAGGCCCCAGGGCUUCUGGCUAGAACCUGAAAGAAAAGGAGCUGAAGGCAGGUGGCCUGAGAGCCAUCUGUGACCUGUCACACUCACCUGGCUCCAGCCUCCCCUACCCAGGGUCUCUGCACAGUGACCUUCACAGCAGUUGUUGGAGUGGUUUAAAGAGCUGGUGUUUGGGGACUCAAUAAACCUUCACUGACUUUUUAGCAAUAAAGCUUCUCACAGGGUUGCAA